UCUGGGAGGGGCUAGGAGUUCCUGCGUCAGCUGCAGACCUCGAUAACGCUGGUGGUUCGCAGUGGUGGCCCUGACCCUGUGUCCUCCUCAUCCCACCCAGAGUGAAGAUGAGUCCACUGUGUCUGUAACUGAGGCCUGCAGGAUGCGUGCCCUCCAGGCAGGCAUGAUGCAGAGGCUCUCAGAGUCUGUGCUGCCAGGCUUCCCCAGCAGAGUCCUCUGCAGUGUCAUCACCUCCCUCUGCAGCUGCUCAGGCUCCAGCACAGCCCACCAGGUGCUGGACCAGCUGUUUCCCAGUGCUAUCUAUUUCCUGCUGGGAACCUGGCUGGGCCAAGGGCAGGAUUGCAGGGAGCCCCUGCGGUUUCCCUCUUGGACCCUGCAGCUGGCCACUCUGCACAUUAGCUUUGGUGGCUGCCAUGUGGAGGGCCAUGCCUACCUUCUGCCAGGCCACCUGGAGCAUCUCAAGGCCAUUGAGGCCGAACGGAAAGAGCCAGCUCCAAAGCUCCUGCCACUUCCAGAGCCAGAGCCAGUGCCAGCCCCCGGGCUGGAGCCAGCUGCACCUCCAGUCUCACCACGUGUGGUAUAGCUGGAGCCAGCAGCCCCUGAGUCGGCCACUCCAGGACCAGGGCAAGGGCCACCAUUAGAGGCAGCCCCAGAGCCCAGAUGCCCCUGGGCCAUGACCACCGAGGACCAGCUGCGGGAGGAGAAGCUGAACAUCUUGGACUUCCCUCCCCAGCUGGUGGCAGAGCAGCUGACGAGGAUGGCUGCGGAGCUGUUCAAGACGUUGGUGCCCGCCCACUGCCUCGGCUCCAUCUGGUCGGAGCGCGACAACAGGGAACGUGAGUCCCUGGCACCCACCGUCCAUGACACUGUGAUGCACGACAACACCGUGGCCAAUUGCAUCCUCGUCACCUGCCUUGGGGACGCUAGCAUGACAGCACAGGACAGGGCCAGGGUGGUUGAGCUGUGGAUCAGGGUGGCUGAGGAGUGUCGAGGCCUCGGGAACUUCUGUUCCCUCCACACAAUCCUUUCUGCCCUGCAGAGCCCUGCCAUUGCUCGUCUCCAAGACACCUGGGGACAAGUUUCCAGGGAGAGUUCUAGAACCUGGAAGAAGUGGGUCAGGAGAGAGAAACGCGUGAGCAGGGAGCUGCUAGUGCAGGAGGCGACCUCCGUGUUAAAGACUGCAGAGAGGGCCCACCAGGGAGCCCAGGAGAGGCAGCGGCAGCAGGGUGUCGUCCCCUCCCUGGUGACAUUCUUCCGUUCCCUGGAGCUGCUGGACGCUACGAUGGAGGAUUAUGUGGAGGGCAAUGUGCUCAACUGUCGGAAAUGGAAUGAGGUAAGCGGCUGCGGCCUCCUGGUGGGGAGGGUGGGGGUUGGAAAUCAGAGACCCCCCCGCAGUGGGCAGGACCCCCUCUGGCCCAAUCACCAGGAUGGAACAUUUAUUUGCACAGUUCGAUAUACAGAGCUAGGGAUCCUAUGGCAUUGGUGGGUGGGAGAAGGGCUGGCAUCAAAGACUCCUUCCUGGAGGAGGAGCUAUUUUGAGCCAAGUGUGAGAGCAGGCAAGUCCUGACUGGAAUCGCAGGGAGGGAGGGUUCCCAAGUGGGCAAAGGCCCCAGACUGGCCCCUUGCCCCCUUCCUCAGCCCCUCCACGAGCCCUGCAGGGUCCCCCACUCAGGCCCUGUGGGCAUCCUGUGCUUGCUCUGUCCUAGCAAUUUAAACUGAUGGAGGAGAUCGAGCUGCUCCAGGAGGCUGCAAAUCUGUACACCGUGCAGCCCAAUGAGCACUUUGGGGCCUGUUUCCAGGCCGUGGAGCCCCUGAGCAAGGAGGAGAGCUACAGCCUGUCCUGCCAGCUGGAGCCCCGAUACCACUGGGUCAGAAAGAUUCGACUCUUCUUCAAACACAAGAAGAACCGCUCAGGGCAGAACACCAGACCCCCAACCAAGGGCCCAGUGGUGGUGGUCGAUGACCCUCCUGAGACCAGCUGAGCUACAGCGGGGACACAGCGUUGACACUCAGGGUGCACAGGGCCACCUCCCCUGAUUCUGAUGAGGAGAACUUUGUGAUCCGUUUCUUGGGGUCCCCUGUUGGCCACUAGGGAAGGCACCAACCCCUCUUCUCCCUCCCCCCUUUUGCCCAGCACCUAUUUCCCUAUUUGGCGGGGCCAUAUUUUGUUGUCAAUGGUAAAUGCUCCGUUUGAGUACUAUAUUAAAUUGUUGCUUCUUUCUAAUCCUGGGAGUGGAGGUGUGAGUCUUUCGCUCGCAGCACUCAUGGAAACCGGAUCCAGAAACUCACAUUCCUCCUCGAAUUUAGAAAUCUCCCAGAGUGAGCAGCUCAGUUUAUGUGGAGAAGGGAGAAUUG